GCUUGGGGAGCCUGUGACGGCCGCUGCGCGCCCGGGUCCAUUGUUUCGUUUCUCUUUCUCUUCCGGGCAGGUGCUGGCGGCGCGCGGGGACGGCAAGUGCCAAAGCCGCGGCAGGAGUGCCGUGACCCGCCGGCGCCGAGCAGGGGGCGUCCCCAGGCGCGCGGCGGGAGAUGAAGUACCUGAAGCCGUGGUGGUCGGACGGCGGGGGCCUCCUGCACCUCACGAUCCUGCUGAGCUUGGCGGGGCUCCGCGUAGACCUAGACUUCUACCUGCUGCUCCCGCAGCCCGCCCUACUCCGGGAUGAGCUGCUGCUCCUGGGCUGCCCGACGAGCUCCUUCUACGCGCUCAGCCCCUUCCCGGCCUCCGGAGGGUGGGGGCACGCCGGUCAGCUGCACUCCAAGGGCCGAGAGUUGGACCCCGCGACGCUGCCCGAGGGCCUGCUGUUCCGGGAGGUGCGCACGCUUGGCGUCCCCUUCAUCCCCCGCACCCGGGUGGAUGCGUGGCUGGUGCACAGCGUGGCUGCCGGCGACGCCGACGGGGCUCACGGGCUACUUGGCGCUGCCGCCUCCGCCUCGUCGGCGGGAGGAGUCGGCGCCAGCGUGGACGGCAGCAGCCAGGCGGCACCAGGGGGCGGCGGGGACCCGCGUGAGGCUCGGAGUGGCCCCUUGGCCGCCGGGGAGGAGGAGAAGGCACCAGCGGAACCGACGGUUGAAGUACCGGACGCCGAGGGACGCGCGAGCGAGGAGAUUCAGGUACUGAGAGAGAGGCUUGAAGCUGCUGUCGGUUACAGUUCCCAGCAUGAGGAAAAUGAGCAACGGGUGUCAGCUCAGGAGGAAUCACUACAGCAGAAUAAUGAAGAUGAAAAUAACAUAGCAAAUAAACCUGACUGGGAAUCAGAAAAGACCACUGACUCUAGAAAUGAGAGACAUCUAAAUGGGACAGACACAUCUUCUUGUCUAGAAGAUUUAUUUCAAUUGCUUUCAUCACAGCCUGAAAAUUCCCUGGAGGGCACCUCACUGGGAGAUAUUCCUCUUCUUCCAGGCAGUAGCAAUGAUGGCAUGAACUUCUCAGCACAUUAUAAUGUAAAUUUUAGCCAGGCUAUAAGCCACAAUGUGAGUCUCCACGAGGCCAUGUUGCUGUGUCCCAGCAAUAGAUUUAGAAGAGAUCCAGUAGCAAGGACUUCUCAGCCACAAGAACCAUUUCUGCAGUUAAAUUCUCCUACCAAUCCUGAGCAGACUCUUUCUGGAACUAAUUUGACAGGAUUUCUUUCACCUGCUGACAAUCAGAUGAGGAAUGUAACAAGCCAAGAUCUUCUAUGUGACCUUGAUGUAAACGUAUUUGAUGAGAUAAAUUUGAUGUCUUUGGCCAUGGAAGAAGGUUUUGAUCCAAUGGAAGUUUCUCAGCUUUUUGAAGAACCAGAUUCUGAUUCUGGACUUUCCUUAAAUUCAAGUCACUGCAGUACCUCAAUCACCAAGUCUAAUUCCUCCCACUCCGUGUAUGAUGAAGAAGGGGCUACAGGCUAUAGUAGUGACCUUGAAUCUUUUUCCCAUCAUGACUUAGAAGGAGCUGUAGGAGGCUGCUCCCCAGAGCCUAGUAAGCUUUGUCACAUGGAUCACAGGAAUGAUUCUGGUUUUGAUGAGGAAGUUGCAUUUCAGCACAUAUUUCAUAACCAUACUUACCAUUUACAGCCAACUGUACCAGAAUCCACUUCUGAAUCUUUUUCAUGGCCUGGGAAGUCAGAGAAAAUAAGAAGUAGAUUCCUCAGUGGCACAGAUAGAAACUUAAGCUGUGAUGAACGACGUGCUAAAGCUCUUCAUAUUCCUUUUUCUGUGGAAGAAAUUGUUCGCAUGCCUGUUGAUUCCUUCAACAGAAUGCUAAGCAGGUACUAUCUGACAGACUUACAGGUAUCACUUAUCCGUGAUAUCAGACGAAGAGGGAAAAAUAAAGUUGCUGCUCAGAACUGUCGUAAACGCAAGUUAGAUGUAAUUUUGAAUCUAGAAGAUGAUAUAUGUAACUUGCAAGCAAAGAAGGAAACUCUUAAGAGAGAGGGAGCCCAAUGUAACAAAGCUAUUAACAUAAUGAAACAGAAACUACAUGACCUUUAUCAUGAUGUUUUCAGCAGGUUAAGAGAUGACCAUGGUAGGCCAGUCAAUCCAAACCAGUAUGCUCUCCAGUGCAGCCAUGAUGGAAGCGUUUUGAUCGUACCCAAGGAACUUGGGACCUCAGGCCACAAAAAGGAAAACCAAAAAGGAACGAGCAAAAGUGAGAGAAGAAACUGAAGAUGGACUCCAUUAUAUGGAUGUAGUAGUAAUACUGAGAAACUGGUGGUAGCUGGAUCACAAACCAUUGAAACUGAAGGUUAGCUUCUAUGGUUGAGAUUUUAUAUAUAAAAUAUAACAAGUGUUAUAAGUAUCUUCAAUUACUACUACUUUAAUCACCCAGUUAAGAUUACACUUUGAAGCUUACAUGGUCAAAAAAAGUUGAGAACUUCAAGGUCAGACUUCUGGACAAUUUGCAGGGGGUGAAGCCUUUUUUCAUGAAGUCCUCCUACUGUAAGGUUUAUACAUAAUAUGCUCAAAUAGGGUAACAUGAAAACCUGGCAUGACUAAUCACUUUGGUAGCCAUUUUUAUUAAAAUGGUCACUUCAGAAAGAGCAAACAUUGCAUCUAAAUUAUUUUAAAUGUAUUCAUUUUUUUAUGACUUGAAAUGCAAGUAGCCUUAACAUUUUUAGUCUGUUAGCACUGAAAUAUAAUGAAAGCUUUUCAAAAGUAUUUAAUGUUCAUGAACACUUAACUGUGGAAAUUUGUAUUUGAAGUCAAAUUCUUUUUUCCCUUUUAUAGAAAUUCUAAGCAAAUUUACCUUGGAUGUUUUUCUUCCAAAAUACCCACAUUCAGGAAUAGAAAAUAUCUAGCAAGCAGGGCAGCACUGUGAUCAUUAAAAAAAAUUUUUUUUUUACAAAUAUACUGCUUCAGACUCAAAGGAAGUUGAGGUCAACAGUAUGUCAAACAGAUAUGGGAAAUCCUACUCGCUCCCCCCCCCCAUAAUGUGAAAUAAAACAAAAACUAAAUAGUCAUCAGGAAGCAGCAAGGAACCUGCCAUCUGAAGUCAUGGGUCAGGAAUGGCCACCGCAAAUUCCCACUACUUGUGGUGCGAUUCCAAGCAAGACGACAUACUGGAGUACUAAACCUGUAAGGUCCCUGGCAGCCAUAAAGCCAGCUGGUAGGGAUGUUCCCAGAUCCCGGAACAGAAGUCUAGAGGUCUCACCAAAAAACUCCUGAAGCUUAUUGUCAAAACAUUACAAGUUAUACAAAGAAUACCAGUCAGCAAAUGACAAACUUUAUAAUUCAAGAACUAGAAACAGGAACCAUCUGAAAGACUUUAUAAAUGUUUAAAAUGGGCAAAAAGAAACAGUUAAGAAGAAGCAGGUGGAUUUGAAAAUCAAAUAGCAAUCCUAGUAGUGUAGUAUUUAAAACAAAAAUUUAUUGGAACAAGAUGUAUUUUCAGAAGAUAGCUAUGUAUGACUACAGUUCCCAAAUUGCGAAGUUUUGGGGAACAUUAAGAAUGUAUCUAGUAAUAAGUUUAAUUUCCCUAUUACCAGAAUCUAUUGUCAGAAGUUUAUCUGCAGUUAAGAAUCAAGUGCUUAGACUUUACGAUGUAGAAUAAGUUAUCAAGGUAUUGUUUUGAGCCUGGAGUUUUGUAAUAAAGUCUUGAAUACUUGCUCAGUGAUCACUUGUUGCAAGAAAGUUAUCUCAGGUGUCAAUUACU